AAGGUUUUAUAUGAAACAGGUUGCUUCGACGAUGUUUAUGAGAUAACAGGAGAAGUUUCUCAGAAGAUAAGAGACUCACUUGAAUUUCCACAAACUGGACCAAUUGGUUGCGACAAGUUCGACUCAGAUGAAAAGAUAUACUAUGUCGACCUUAACGCUGCAUACAUGAGGUUUGUCCAAUAUAUUCCGACUGGAAUUCCAAACGAAGAUGGUGAGUUCCCGGGAAGGAACUAUACAGUUGGAAAAGUCAUACAACAACUGUAUGAUAUUAGGAAAGCUUCAAACCCCAAACUUGCAAUGACACUCAAAUUGCUUAUGAAUUCGACAUGGGGAUAUUCCAUUAAGAAACCUCAAGAGAUGAAGAGUAAACAUUAUGAGAAGGUCGACAACUUUGUUGAAAGGUUUUCUCCUUUUGUUUUGAAGUACGAAUUCACUCAAGGUCAAAGUGGCUUAGUAACCACAUUAAAACCUAUUGUCGAACAUUGGUCUUACCCUCAGUUCGCAAAGGCAGUCCUUGACAACUACAGCAAAUUCUUCUCCGAAGUCAAAUCCAAAGUGAAGGUUUACUAUGAGAACAUUGACGCACUCAUGACGAACGAAGAAGGAUACAACAAACUCAUUGAAAUGGGAAUGGUCGGUGAAAAGAUGGGCUGUUUUAAGCUAGAUAAGGUAUUUUCCGAAGUUCAUGUAAUAUCGAAAAGGAAAUAUUGGGGCAUACUUGAAGACGGCACAGAAAUAAAACAUUGCAUGAAGUAA